GCACGUGGUGUAUUUCACACACGUAGAGGUUGCAAUCUGUAACUACAUCGGAUGCCAGAUUUACUUAUCGUGGCCAAAAAUAAAUGUUUUGUCGUUUUUAACUCUCUUCACAUCUUGUAGUAACCUGAUAAAAUGUCCUACUUAUACGUCAUCCUCGCCUGCCUCCCAAUACUGACCAGUGGUCAGUUUGACAUGCAAGCUGUUGCUGCCAGUCUCUUCGCCAAGAUAGACGCCAACAACGACGGCAACAUCGAAAGGCCAGAGCUAUCCGUCUAUUUCGCUGGUUUCGACACCAACCAUGACGGCCUGGUGUCCAGACACGAGUACAGCGUCCGGGUGACGGACACGUACGGCCAUGACCCCCAGCUGAACCACCUGCUCCACGGCGUGUUUGACGUCCUGGACGUCAACAGCGACCACCACCUGGACGACACGGACCACGACAAGAACUUUGCCAGCGAGGAUACGGACGGCAACCAUUUGGUCAGCCUUGCUGAGUACACUAGGUUUUUCGUUGCAAUCACCUCAGGUGUAAUAGCUGGUUAAACUAUGACGUCAGCAGGUGUAGGGCGAGUGCUGGACACGACGCAAGUGAACUGCGUUAUUCUUUAACAGUGGUACAAUUCUUUGUGUUACCUAAUGCUCUUAAUAUUAAACAGCGUCACACUGA